GACUUCUGGCGACUACCAUACUAAUAUUAUAACUUCUCUUAAAAAAAUCUAGGGUUUAUUGGUCUAUAAGCCCUAGGGUUUUAUUCUCAUCCCUGUUUCUUGUCCCCGCUUCAUGAGUAACAACAAGGAUCAGCUUAACAUGGCCGAUCUCAACGCCUCCCUUCCAGGUGCCGCUGCUGCUCUUAGCGCCGAGGAUAGAGCCAGUCUUGUUACUGCUCUCAAGGAUAAGCUUCAGCAUCUUGCGGGACAACAUGCCGAUGUUCUCGAGACUCUAACGCCUAACGUCAGGAAGCGCGUCGAGGUUCUCAGAGAGAUCCAGAGUCAACAUGAUGAGCUGGAGGCCAAAUUUUUUGAGGAGAGGGCAGCACUCGAGGCAAAAUACCAGAAGCUAUAUGAACCACUGUACACCAAGAGAUAUGAAAUUGUGAAUGGUAUAGUCGAAGUCGGAGUUACAACUGAACCUGUGACAGACCAAGGAGAAGAUGAAGCCUCAGAAGAGAAAGGGGUGCCUAAUUUUUGGCUCACGGCAAUGAAGACUAAUGAAGUCUUGGCUGAGGAGAUUACGGAGCGUGAUGAAGGGGCUCUCAAAUAUCUCAAAGAUAUCAAGUGGUGUAGAAUUGAUGAUCCCAAGGGUUUCAAGCUUGAAUUCUUCUUUGAUUCUAAUCCUUACUUCAAGAAUUCUGUUCUGACAAAAACAUAUCACAUGAUCGAUGAUGAUGAACCAAUUCUAGAGAAAGCAAUAGGGACGGAGAUUGAAUGGCUUCCAGGAAAAAGCUUGACACAGAAGGUCCUGAAAAAGAAGCCAAGAAAGGGAUCAAAAAAUGCCAAGCCUAUCACUAAAACUGAGACCUGCGAAAGUUUCUUCAACUUCUUCAGUCCACCUCAAGUUCCCGAGGAUGAAGAUGAUAUUGACGAAGAGGCUGCUGAGGAACUUCAAAAUCAAAUGGAGCAAGACUAUGACAUUGGGUCAACCAUUCGAGACAAAAUUAUCCCCCAUGCUGUGUCAUGGUUUACAGGGGAGGCAGUCCAAGGGGAUGAGUUCGAAGAUAUUGGAGAUGAUGACGAUGAAGAAGAUGAAGAUGCUGAAGAUGAGGAUGAAGAGGGAGAUGAUGAUGAUGAUGAGGAUGAUGAUGAUGAAGAUGAGGAUGAUGAAGGAGACAGCAAGAGUAGGAAAAAGAAGGGUGGAAGAGCCCAAACAGGGGAAGGUCCACAGGGCGAGAGGCCUCCAGAGUGUAAGCAGCAGUAAGUUUUGAGAGCCAAUAGAACCAUGCAUAGAUUGGGCAACUUACUUGUGUCUAAGUGGGUCUUUGUGGAUUGGAGAAGAAUGAGAGAGCAAGGGUUGGUGAGAUUUUGGUGGUUUAUUUUUCUUAUUUGUUAGUAGAGCAUUAUAAUGAUUAUUUUUUUAGGGUUUUUUUUCCUUUUCCUUUUUCCUUUUACCCGGGGUGUGAUUAGGUAGGAAGGUGGCGCCUUGCAAUUUGUUGAUGCGUUUUGGGUUCUCUCUCGUUACCCAGUGUUGUGGACUUUCCAAGAACUAUUUUAAGCAUAUGUGUAUGUUCCCUGCUUUACAUUUA